CGGGGACGACCCAGGCAUCUGAAGAGCAAGUCCACGUCGCCGCCGUCGACGUACAACCCAAUAACAACCUUACGGUCCAGUCAUGUCGUCAAAACUACCGUCUGUCCUGAGCGCUACUGACGAGGAGAUACAACUCCUCCUCGCUGCCCAAUGCCAUCUCGGAAUGAAAAACUGCGAUAAGCAAAUGGAGCCAUACGUCUACAAAAGAAGAGUGGACGGCAUUCACAUCAUCAAUAUCGGUAAGACUUGGGAGAAAGUCGUUUUGGCCGCCCGCAUUAUUGCUGCUGUUGAGAACCCCAAUGACGUCUGCGCAAUCUCCGCGCGCCCAUACGGACACCGUGCUGUCCUGAAAUUUGCUGCCAACACUGGAGCACAGGCGAUCGCAGGCCGCUUCACUCCAGGUUCCUUCACCAAUUACAUCACCCGCUCUUUCAAGGAGCCUCGUCUCAUCAUCGUGACUGACCCUCGCGUUGACCACCAAGCUAUCCGUGAAGCUUCCUAUGUCAACAUCCCCGUUAUCGCACUCUGCGACACUGAUGCACCCCUCAAAUUCGUGGAUGUCGCCAUCCCGACAAACAACAAAACGCGUCAUUCGAUUGGUCUUAUCUGGUGGUUGCUUGCCCGGGAAGUUCUUCGGCUGCGUGGAACUAUCCCACGUACCUCUGAUGGUUGGAACGUCAUGGUAGACAUGUUCUUCUACCGCGACCCCGAAGAGGUGGAGAAGCAACAGCAGGAAGAGGCUCAGGCUAAGCUCGCUGUCACUGAUACGGAGGCACCUGCUACCUUCCCCGAGUGGGACGCCACGAAUGCACCCCAAGCGGGCGCCAUCGACCCUACUCUGGCACAGAAUGCUAGUGGCAUUGACUGGGCUGCGGAUACAGCACCUGGUUCGACAGACUGGUCAGCAGAGCCUGCUACAGGCAAUUGGGGUGCGGAUGCCCCUACCAGCGGGUGGGAUUAAGCGCAACUCUUGUGGUGUGGGUCGAGCGUAGCAUCUGCUUUUACUUAUUCAUCCGUGGGAACCCCGUCGUCAACUGAAAGGCAGUAUGUUCACUUUCGAUCAUCCUAUUCUGUCUACGUAUCUUUUCGUGCACAUGAAACAUGCCAAAAUAUGACCAUGCGAGUAGUGCAUAGCAUGAUUUAGUGUGGAAUGCUCGUUUGGGUGUGUAAGUGUUGGUACUAGCUCCUCUACCUAGAUCUGCCAUCUUGUAGCAUGUGCCACGGGGGUGCAGUAACGUCUGGAGAGCAUCCGUUG